UGUUGAAAACGCAGCGAGUUGACAUUCAACCAACCAGCAGCUGACGGAAGACAAGGUGCUACGACGCAGUUUAAUGGCUUGAUGAUACAAAAUAAAAAAACAUGAAUCUUGUUAGAGCUCGCCUUUCCAUUGGCAACUUUAUAGGUCAGAGGUGCAGACAGGUCACUGAAACAUGGAGCCACAGAGGGAUGUGCAGUAAACCACAGGAGGCCAAAGCAGAGCCUCUGCAUGCAGCCCCAGCAGCAGCACCUCGUGCCGGGUUCAAACUCCCCGGCUACAGACCGUCAAACCUGGACAAGAAGAUGCUGGUCUGGUCGGGACGCUUCAAGACAGCAGAUCAGAUACCAGACCUUGUGUCGUUUGAGACGAUUGAUGCUGCCAGAAACAAAGUCAGAGUGAAAGCCUGCUAUGUGAUUAUGGCGACCAUAAUAGGGGCCUGUCUGUUAAUGGUGUUCCAGGGCAAAAAGGCGGUCGGCAGGCAUGAGUCCCUGACGAGUCAAAACCUGGAGAAAAAAGCUAGAUGGAGGGAGGAACUACAAAGAGAGAAGGAAGCUGCUAUUGCCCUGUCUGAGAAGGCUCAGUGACGGAAGACAACAUGGCCUUGCAUAACCCCCCCAGAUAACACACAACUAUGUAUUAUUUUUCUGAAAGCCAAUAUAAGGUUUGACCUUUUCAGUGAAUACAUUGAGGUUAUAAACUGGCAACAGUUUUUUGUCCUGAUACUUAUGCGAUUAGACUAGUUUGUUUAUGACCGAUGUGACAUAUAUUUGUAUAGUCAAAAAACAAAAUAAGAAUCAAAUAAAGUAUUGCUUCUGGAAAAUCUCAUCUGAUUUAAUGACAUGACCUAAUGUUAUAUAAACUGCAACCUUUAAGCCAAAGAUUUAAGUUAGUUACUUUUUUCUAUUUAUAGACAAAACAAUGAAUUGAGAAUGAAAAUAAAUCUUUCAGAGGUACUACAUUUCUUCAGCUGUAUGGCAGUCAAGGAAAUGCUCCCCAAAAUGAUUAUCCUGGACACAAACGAACAAAACUAAUUCACUUACACUGUGGAACCAGCUUUUAUGCAAAUGGCAUAACGGGGACAGUUGCACAAACUCAAUACAACACACAGUAAUUAACAUGUAGAGCUGGUAAUCUCUUGCAGAGAUUUUGAUAAAAGUAAGCAAUGUUAAGAGGACUUGGUAAACACACAUUCAGUUUUGCUAUAACUAAGGUAAUCACCAGUAUUUAAGUUUUUUAUCUGGAUUUUUGUUGAAAUUAUCUGGAAGGAUUCCUCUUAAAUAAAGUGUAUGGCAGCAACAUGGCAGAUGCUAACCCCAACUAAAUGAAAACAUUGUUUUUUAAUAAAGACCAGCUUCAGACCCAA